AUGAGUCUUCGGCUAUUAAAUUGGAAUGGCAGAACCUUCAGUAAGUUGGUUCGGCUGGCAUCAACUACCACUUCACCGAACGCUCCUCCUACCAAGCAAUACGAACCGAAGUCUCCGGAAUGCGCAAAAGAGAUUGAAGAAUGUUUCAAAAAACUUGAUCUAACUUUCAAAAACACUGAAGAAGCUUUCAAGAGUAAAAGCAAUUCUGAAGUGAUUCGAGCUCUAGUUGUGCUCCGAUUAUGUGGAAUUAAUUUCCUGGUACAGCAUAAUCACCAUAUUUUGGGAGUCAUGAGACGUAUUCUCGGAAAGAAUUUGUUCAAGAAGGUGUUGAAAAGCACAUUUUAUGGCCAUUUCGUGGGCGGUGAAACAAAAGCUGAAGUUGAACCUGUUAUGGGUCGUUUAAAAACUUUCGGAGUAAAAUCUAUUCUAGAUUAUUCUGUUGAAUGUGACAUUACUCCACAAGAAGCAGCUGAUAAAACUGAAGGAAGCUCAGUAGAUGCCAAAAUCGAGCCAGUUGCUAUUACCAGUACUGUAGACUCAGAAACAUUAUCUUCCACUCAAGCAAAAUACCGUUCUCACAAAGAUUUUGCUGAUCGUCGAGCUCAUGUCGUAAGCGCAAGAACCUACUUCUACGAUGGUGAAGAGAACUGCGACAAAAACAUGGAAAUAUUUAUGGAAUCCAUAGAUGCUGUUGCUCACGCUACUGGGGGAGAAGGCAUUGCUGCAAUCAAGAUCACAGCUCUUGGACGUCCUGCCUUACUUCUAAAGCUUUCAGAAUCAAUUGCUCAAGCCCACAAUUUCUUCAAAACUUUAACUGGAAUGGGACAGUUGCAGAUGAGUCGUCUGAGCGAAGAAGAAUUUGUUAACAAAUUGAAGGCUUUCGGAGUUAAAGCUGAUUCAAAGGUUGUGAAAGAUUGGUUCAAAACUGUUGACUUUGACGCUGAUGGGUUCGUAGAUUUCCAUGGAUGGGAUAAGAUCCUCGAUGACAAUGCAAAGUUAGGCGAGAUGUUCAAAGUUUUGAACGUUAAGUCUGGACAUUUAGAACCUUUGAUCACAAACUUAACUAGCACUGAAGAGAUGGAGUUCGCUAAUAUGGUCAGAAGGACAAUCAAAGUUGCCGAAUAUUCAAUUCAAAAAGGUGUUCGCAUUAUGGUUGAUGCUGAACAGACAUAUUUCCAACCAGCUAUUUCUCGGAUUGCAAUUGAACUCAUGAGGAAGUAUAAUAAGGAACGUGGAAACAUUUUCAAUACUUAUCAAGCUUACUUGAAAAAUACUCUACAAAACCUAGAAUGCGACAUGCAAUUAGCUCGAAGGGAAAAUUGGCAUUUCGGAGCUAAGCUUGUUCGUGGAGCUUACAUGGAACAAGAGAGAAAACGAGCUGAAGCUAUCGGCUACGAAGAUCCAAUCAACAUUGAUUUUGAGCAUACCACAAGAAUGUAUGAGAACUGUUUGACUCGUCUAGCGGACGAAGAUACCCGACGAGGACGUGGAAACGUGUCAGUGAUGAUUGCCAGUCAUAACGAAGACACUGUUCGUUUUGCUGUACAAUUAAUGAAAGAACGAGGAAUUGCACCAAGUGAAAGAAUAAUGUGUUUCGCUCAACUAUAUGGUAUGUGCGACCAGAUCUCAUUCUCGCUUGGACAAGCCGGCUAUUCUGUUUACAAAUACUUACCAUAUGGACCUGUAGAAGAUGUGUUACCUUAUUUAAGUCGUAGAGCUAUAGAAAAUGGAAGUAUAUUAAAGAAAGCUAAUAAAGAACGGGAUCUUCUUUGGAUUGAAUUGAAGCGCCGAUUAAUGAAAGGACAAUUCACUUAUAAUCCCACAGCAUAG